CCAACGGCAACGAAAGCCCUGAUACAAUGGGAGGCGAUUUCGUCCAGGAUAAUGACCGCCAGGUUCAACUCCAAAGGAAGGAAAGUGUCAAUCAUACAAUGUUAUGCACCCACAAACAACGCAGACCUCGAGAAGAAAGAAGAAUUCUACAGGCAACUACAGGCAACAAUGGACAAUACUCCAGCUGGCGACAUGAAAAUACUAAUGGGAGACAUGAACGCCAAACUGGGACCAGACAAUACGGGAAGGGAACUCAUCAUGGGUAGAGAAGCUCUAGGAGAAAUGAAUGAAAACGGAGAACUCUUCGCCGACUUCUGCGCCUUCAACGAACUGGUGAUUGGUGGCAGUGUAUACAAGCACAAAGAUAUCCACAAGGCUACAUGGGUGUCACCAGACGGGCAAACCAAAAACCAAAUCGACUUCAUCUCAAUCUCAAGGAAGUGGAGGCGCAGCCUACUGGACACAAAAGCAAGAAGAGGAGCAGACGUUGGCUCAGACCACUAUCUCGUACAAGGGACAAUCCAAAUCAAAUUAAAAGCUUUCAGGGAAUCAGGAGCUGCAGAUAGACCACAAGCCAAGUUCAACACUCAAAAGCUGAAGGACCAGGCUACAAAGGACAUCUUCAUUGCAAGCAUAAAGGACAAAGCCGAGACACAAAUCAACACUAGCGAAGAGGUCGGCGUUGAAAAGCACUGGAACAACUUGAAAACGGUGUGGAGCCAAACCUGCAUAGAAAUUCUAGGCAGAAAAAAGAGACAGGACAAACAGUGGCUCACUACGGACACUUGGAAACUAAUAGAAGAGAGAAGGACAGUGAAGCAAAAGAUUAUCCAGUGCACGGACGAGCAACAAAAACAGGAGCUGAAUGCAAGCUACAAUACACUGAACAAAAGAGUGAAGAAAAGUGCCAGGGAAGACAAAAGAAAAUAUUAUGAAACCAUGGCAAACGAAGCAGAACAAGCUGCAGGCAAAGGAGACCUCGCCACACUCUACCAAACAACUAGGAACCUUUCGGGCAAACGUUCGACACAGAUUAAGCCAAUAAAGGACGACAAUGGAAAGUCAAUCACCAAAGAGGUGGAACAGAGAAAGCACUGGGUUGAACACUUCAAAAGACUUCUAAAUCGUCCGCCACCUACAACACGUCCAGCAAUACCAACAACGGAAGCAGAACUACCAGUGAACACUGACCCCCCGACGAAAUCAGAAGUCCUGAAUGCAAUCAAGAUGCUUAAAACUGGGAAAACACCGGGACCAGAUGGAAUCCCAGCAGAGGCUUUGAAAAUAGACCCAGAGACAACAGCGGACUUGAUGACACCACUACUGGAGAAGGUGUGGAAAGAGGGCAAAGUACCCGAGGAUUGGAAGAACAGUUACUUAUUCAAACUUCCAAAGAAAGGAGACUUAAGUCAAUGUAAAAACUGGCGUGGAAUUAUGCUUCUGUCCAUUCCAAGCAAGAUACUAAGUCGCAUCAUCCUGGAGAGAAUCAAACAAGCCCUAGAUGAAAAACUUCGUCCGGAACAGGCUGGAUUCAGGAGAAACAAAUCAUGUAUUGAUCAAAUCGCCACUCUACGGAUCAUCAUUGAACAAAGCUUGGAAUGGCAGUCACCUCUCUAUCUCAACUUCAUCGACUUUGAAAAGGCCUUCGACAGCGUCGAUCGAGAGGUCAUUUGGAAACUACUUCGCUACUACGGGGUCCCAUCGACAAUUAUACACCUCAUCCAACAGUUAUACGACAAUGCUGCAUGCCAAGUAAUCCACAACGGGAAACUUACGGAAGCCUUCGAAGUGAGGACGGGAGUGAGGCAAGGCUGUCUACUAUCACCAAUGAUCUUCCUGAUUGCAAUUGAUUGGAUAAUGCGACAGACAACGGCAACCAACGAGGGAACAGGCAUAAAAUGGACUGACACAAAAGACUUGGAGGAUCUGGAUUUCGCCGAUGAUAUAUGUCUGAUUUCCCAUAAACUGGAAGAUAUGCAAGUGAAAAGUAACAAGUUGGCAGAAGAAGCAUCAAAGAUAGGACUUCACGUGAACAUAGAUAAAACAGAGAUGAUGAAGAUUCCUAGCCAACAUCAACAACACCAACAGACCACAAUAAGCAUAAAUGGGAAGAACCUGAAAGAAACAACCUCCUUCACCUACCUGGGAAGCAUCGUCUCAACUACAGGCGGAACUGACGAGGACAUCAAAGCCAGAAUCGGAAAAGCAAGACAAGCUUUCAUUACUCUCAAAUCUGUGUGGAGGUCAACAGCAAUCAGCAUCAAAAAUAAGAUCCGGAUUUUCAACUCCAAUGUGAAGUCAGUGCUACUAUACGGAUCAGAGACUUGGCGAGUCAUAAAGAGCAUCUCAAACAAACUUCAAACCUUCAUUAACAACUGUCUCCGCUCAAUACUCAAGAUCAGAUGGCCAGAAAAGAUCAGCAACAGGGAUCUCUGGGAGCGAACCAAUCAGGAACCGAUUGUGAAACAAAUAGGCAGAAAGAAAUGGAGAUGGAUUGGCCAUACGCUGAGGAAACCAUCAAGUGACAUCACUAGACAAGCCCUCGAGUGGAACCCGAAAGGGAGGCGGCGAGUUGGUCGUCCAAGGGUGACUUGGAGGAGGUCAUGCGAGGAGGAGAUGAAAGCAUGUGGACAGACCUGGAGCAGGGUGAAAAAGUUGUCAGAAAACCGAAGUCAAUGGAGGUGCGCAGCUGAAGCCCUAUGUUCCUCUAGGAACUAAAGGAUACAAUAAUAAUAAUAA